GUUUCUGUGAAGGUACCACGAUCUGUACGGUAUUGCUAGUUUUAGCUUGCACGGCUAAAAUACGAACAGGCGACGUUAACUUAAACGAUAAGUGACGCCAGUGCAGUACAAUUAAAGGAUUAUAGCGUUAUUUAAAUGCCCGCGUCGGCCAAUUUGGAGAAGAAAAAGAGGAAUGUGCUGCUUGGCCGACUUUUAUCUGAAGUCGACGUUAGCUGCGCCACAGUUAGCCUAGCUAAAGUGGUGUUAUCUUAGCCGAACAACCAACGCUUCAAUGAAUGAAUUAGCUGCAGCGAGCGGAGGUAUGGAAAUAGCGUCGUCUUUGUUGUAGUAUUGCUUGCCUGCUGAGAAGAUUAGAGUUUUUUUUCCCCUCGAAGAGAAGCAUUUCGCUGCAGCGAGCGCAACUUGAUGGAAAAAGAAGCUGUGCGCUAGACGGCGUUAGCACUGUUAGCUUGCGUAACACAACAUCGCCGUGUGUUUACAAGUUUUCUUUCAAGUUAUGUGACUGUUUGCGAAUCUUUCUUUUUCUCAGGAUUGUUGACGUUUUUAUUUUAUUUUAUUUUUUGUUGUUGGACUGUGAGAGGGAACGAUGGCUUUUUGGUUGACCCGGCCCUCCGUACCAGGUAGGGGGAGCGAUGGUGAGGACUCCCCGGCCUGAGUGGCCCGAUGUCUCGUUCUGACUAAUGGGAAGAAAAAAAAAUUCCUUCGCAGCUCUUGUUUUCAUUCACUUCCAGAUUUGAUUAUGAAAGAUGCCCCUGUCACCAAGUGAUUUGGAAUUGAAGGCAUUUGAAUGAUCACGAUGGACACCGAAGAGCCUCACAAGAAGAAAUCGCACAGUUGUUUAUUAUUAAAGUCAUGGAUUGCUGGAGUUAAAUCGGCGCAGUUUUAACACCACAUCUGGUUGAAGAGAGUUUUACACCUACGAGUUCCAACAUGUCUGCAUUUACCGAGUUCGUCCCCCCUCCCGAAUGCCCGGUUUUUGAGCCGAGUUGGGAGGAUUUCUCGGAUCCUUUGGGAUUCAUCAACAAGAUUCGACCCAUCGCAGAAAAAACGGGAAUCUGCAAGAUCCGGCCCCCAGAGGACUGGAAGCCUCCAUUUGCCUGCGAUGUACGCAACUUUCGCUUUACUCCGCGAGUGCAAAGACUCAAUGAACUUGAGGCCAUCACUCGAGUUAAGCUGAACUUUUUGGAUGAAAUUGCAAAGUUCUGGGAGCUCCAGGGCUCCAAGAUCCGUUUUCCUCAUGUGGAGAGAAAGAUCCUCGACCUCUAUCAGCUCAGCAAGAUCGUUUCAUCCGAGGGCGGCUUUGAGACCGUGUGUAAAGAGAAGAGGUGGUCCAAGGUGGCCAACCGAAUGGGGUUCCCCCCUGGGAAAGGCACCGGCUCACUGCUGCGCUCCCACCACGAGAGGAUCCUGUACCCUUAUGAGCUUUUCCAGUCUGGAGCCACGUUAACCGGCAUCCAGCAGCUAUAUGAGGAAGGAGAUGAUGAGGAAGAAGUCGAUGAGGGCGUGGGUGAAGAGCCAGUUAAAGAAGAGGAACAAGAUGAGGAUGAAGGGAAGCGGAAAGAUGUGGAAGGUGAUGCAAUGCAAACCAAAGAGCCGCUUUUGCCGGAGAGACGCUCCAGACGCCUUAAAUCUGAGAGGGAAAACAAGGAGCCAAAAGGACUCAAGAUCUUCAGUGCAAAUUCCAAAAUGUUUGGUCUAGAGAUUCUGUCAGCUGAUGAUGGUUUCAACAAGAAACAACGUCACCUCAAAGCCCAGGCCUUUGCCAUCAAAAUGAGACCACGCAAGGAAACUCUGGAAGUUAACUUUAUUGACCUCUACUUCUGUCUCAUGUGUGGACGUGGUGACGAGGAGGACCGGCUCCUGCUGUGUGACGGCUGUGACGACAGCUACCACACCUUUUGCCUGAUCCCGCCUCUUCAGGAUGUGCCCAAAGGGGACUGGCGCUGCCCCAAGUGUGUUGCAGAGGAGUGCAAUAAGCCCAGGGAGGCAUUUGGCUUUGAGCAGGCCGUGAGGGAGUACACGCUCCAGAGCUUUGGAGAGAUGGCUGAUCACUUCAAGUCUGACUACUUCAACAUGCCUGUGCAUAUGGUCCCCACAGAGCUGGUGGAAAAGGAGUUCUGGCGUCUGGUGAGCAGCAUCGAAGAAGAUGUCAUUGUUGAGUACGGAGCUGAUAUUAGUUCCAAGGAUGUGGGCAGUGGAUUUCCUGUUAGGGAUGGCAAGCGGCGACUCCUGGGAGAUGAAGAGGAGUAUGCAAACUCAGGCUGGAACCUGAACAACAUGCCGGUGUUGGAGCAGUCGGUGCUCACUCACAUCAAUGUGGACAUCUCAGGCAUGAAGGUGCCAUGGCUCUAUGUGGGGAUGUGCUUCUCCUCCUUUUGCUGGCAUAUUGAGGACCACUGGAGCUACUCCAUCAACUUCCUGCACUGGGGUGAGCCAAAGACUUGGUAUGGCGUGCCGGCCUCAGCAGCAGAGCAGCUGGAGGCGGUAAUGAAAAAAUUGGCCCCAGAGCUGUUUGACUCACAGCCCGACCUUCUCCACCAGCUGGUCACCAUCAUGAACCCGAAUGUCCUCAUGGAGCAUGGCGUCCCUGUGUACAGGACCAAUCAGUGUGCAGGAGAGUUUGUGAUUACCUUUCCCAGGGCGUACCACAGCGGUUUCAACCAGGGAUACAACUUUGCAGAGGCUGUUAAUUUCUGCACUGCUGAUUGGUUACCCAUGGGUCGUCAGUGUGUGGCACAUUACAGACGCCUCCACCGCUAUUGUGUGUUCUCACACGAGGAGCUGCUGUGCAAGAUGGCUGCAGAUCCAGAAAGCCUCAACGUGGAGCUGGCUGCUGCCGUCUUCAAGGAAAUGGGAGAGAUGAUGGAGGAGGAGACGCGGCUCAGACAGGCAGUUCAAGAAAUGGGGUGCUGUCCUCAGAGCAGGAAGUGUUUUGAGCUUGUCCCCGAUGAUGAGCGCCAAUGCUACAAAUGUAAGACGACGUGUUUCCUGUCUGCACUCACCUGUUCCUGUAGCCCCGACCGACUGGUGUGUCUCUACCAUGCAGCCGAUCUCUGCGACUGUCCACUGGGCAGCAAGUGUCUCCGGUACCGAUAUGAUCAGGAGGAGUUCCCGUCCAUGUUGUAUGGGGUAAAAACUCCUCAGUCUUAUGAUACCUGGGCCAAGAGGGUCACAGAAGCUUUGGCUGCAGACCAGAAGAACAAGAAAGAUCUUAUUGAGCUCAAGGUUUUGCUAGAGGAUGCAGAGGACAGAAAGUAUCCAGAGAACGCUCUGUUCCGUCGCCUCAGGGAGAUGGUCAAAGAAGCUGAGACGUGCUCCUCUGUGGCCCAGCUGCUGCUCAGCCGCAAGCAGAGGCACAGGUCAAUGCCAAUUAGCAGUCGUAACCGUACCAAACUGACAGUGGACGAGCUGAAGGCCUUUGUUGACCAGCUGUACAGGCUGCCCUGCAUCAUCAGCCAGGCCAGACAAGUCAAAGUAAUUAUGGAGAACGUGGAGGACUUCCAUGAACGAGCCCAGGUCGCACUCGCAGAUGAAAUGCCUGAUCAUCCAAGCUGCAAGCGCUGUUGGAUCUCGGCAGCAGCCCUGGACGUAGAGCUGCCCGAGCUGCCCCCAACUCAACAGGAGCUCCAGCAGGCGCGCUGGCUGGAUGAGGUGCGCAUUACCUUGGCUGAGCAUCGUGUCACACUGGAGCUCAUGAAAAGGCUAAUAGACUCUGUUGGCUUGGCUCCCCACCACGCUGUGGAGAAAGCUAUGACAGAACUGCAAGAGAUCCUCACUGUUUCAGAGCGAUGGGAGGACAAGGCACGUGCUUGUCUGCAGGCCAGGUGAGAUAGAUUCUUUUAUUGGUUCUGCCCUUGCCACAGCAUGAUAACCCUAGAGAGCAUUGUCCUGGAAGCCAGGCAUAUCCCAGCAUACCUACCCAAUAUUUUGGCUCUCAGAGAGGCCCUGCAGAAAGCCAAGGAGUGGACUGCCAAGGUGGAGGCCAUCCAAAUCGGUAGUAGAUACGCUUAUCUGGAGCAGCUGGAGAGCCCUGGCAGAGGUCGCUCCAUUCCUGUCCGACUAGAUCCACUGGCCCAGUUGGAGUCUCAGGUUGCUGCAGCAAGAGCCUGGAGAGAGAGGACUGCCCGCACCUUCCUAAAGAAAAACUCUACAUACACACUGCUCCAGGUUCUCAGUCCUCGUUUGGACAUCGGGGUUAUGGCAAACAGUAAAAGCAAACGGAAGCGUGUGAAGGAGCUCAUUGAGAAGGAUAGAGGAGGCUUUGAUCCUGACGCCCUGAGCGACCUAGAUGACAGUCUAGAGGAGGUUCGGGAUCCUGCUGCCGUCGUAGCAGCCUUCAAAGCCAAAGAGCAGAAGGAAGUGGAGGCCAUCCACUCCCUUCGCGCUGCCAAUUUAGCCAAGAUGGCCAUGGCUGACCGCAUGAGGAAGUCAAGUUCUGCCUGUUCGAAAGAAUGCCAGUGGCUUCAUGUGCAGUGUGAGCUUUGUAAGGACUGGUUCCACGGAGCGUGUGUACCUCUUCCCAAGACAGGAUCUCAGAAAAAACUUGGCGUCGGGUGGCAGCAACGGCAAGAUUCCAAAUUUCUCUGUCCACUGUGCCAGCGGUCGAGGAGGCCGAGGUUAGAGACCAUCCUGCAAUUGUUGGUGUCACUGCAGAAGCUGCCGGUGCGUCUGCCGGAAGGAGAGGCCCUCCAGUGCUUGACAGAGCGGGCAAUGAGCUGGCAGGUCUGCACGCGCCAGGCUCUGGCCACGGAGGAACUUUCCUCAGCCCUGGCCAAGCUCUCAGUGCUGAGCCAACGGAUGGUGGAACAGGCUGCCAGAGAGAAGACAGAGAAGAUCAUCAAUGCUGAGCUGCAGAAAGCGGCUGCCAAUCCAGAUUUACAGGGCCACAUUCAGACUUUCAGCAGUCGGCCCUUCAGCAGAGCGACGUCACCUCGCCAGUCUGUGGACUAUGAUGAUGAGGAGACUGACUCGGAUGAGGACAUCAGGGAGACUUAUGGCUACGAUGUGAAGGACCCCGGCGAGGUGAAGCCAUACUUGUUCUGCGACGAGGAGAUCCCCGUCAAAUCAGAGGAGGUGGUCAGUCACAUGUGGCCAUCUGCCCCGCCCUCUUUCUGUGCCGAACACGCCUACUCCUCCGCCUCCAAGUCCUGUGUGCAGAACAUGGGCACACCUCGGAAGCAGCCCAGGAAGACCCCUCUGGUGCCUCGCAGCCUGGAGCCCCCGGUGCUUGAGCUGUCUUCGCAGGCCAAAGCCCAGCUGGAGGAGCUGAUGAUGCUGGGAGACCUGCUGGAGGUGUCCCUGGACGAGACCCAGCACAUCUGGAGGAUUCUGCAGGCCACACACCCUGCUUCAGAAGAGCGAUUCCUGCAGGUUAUGGAGCCUGAUGACUCUCUAAUGGACAAGCCUCUGAAAAUCAAACUGAAGGACUGAAAGAAGAGGAAGCGGAAGUUGGAAAGAGUCGAGCAUCAUCACAUGCUGAUGUCUGUGGCUGCUGGUGGGUCCGCGGCGAUGGUGGACAUUCGAUCGUCAAAGUCCAAGGACCUGAAACGGGUGGGCUUGGAGCUUGGCCUCGGGGGCAAACCCAAAAAGAAGAAACUCAAGCUCAACCUGGAAAAGAACCGGGAAAUGAAGCAGCUGGCUAAAAGAUUGGCCAAGGAAGAAAAGGAGAGGAAGAGGAAGGAGGCAGCGGCCAAGGCUGAAGCUAUGAAAGAAGGGUUGGAGAAAAGGAAAGAGAAGAAGAUUCUUGACAUUCCCUCCAAGUACGACUGGUCGGGGGCUGAGGACUCCAAUGAUGAGAACGCCGUGUGUGCAGCCAAGAACUGCCAGAGGCCCUGUAAAGACAAGGUCGACUGGGUGCAGUGCGACGGCGGCUGUGACGAGUGGUUCCACCAAGUGUGCGUGGGUGUGUCGUGCGAAAUGGCCGAGAACGAAGACUACAUCUGCGUGGACUGCUCCUGGAAGGCCGCCGCGGGGAGUGGCGGUGGCGGGGUGCUGACUGUGGAGGAGGUGGCAGAGGAGAGAGUCGUGGUGCUAACUACGUCGAUGUGCAGCAGUGUGCAGACGGCGCCCUCGACACCAGGCGUGGCCUCGUGGCCCCAAGCGACAGCCGCCUCUCACAUAAACCUAGAAACAUCUCAACAGCAGCAGGAGGAGGCUCAGCAGGGCAGUUAGCACUUACAGUGACCCCGGACUGAGUUUGGAAUGUGAUUCGUGUAAUCUACAUCCAGACUAAUGGUUCAACCUGUACGAAUGUACAGCGUCUAACACAUCAAACAAAUGGCCUUAUGGGUGAGUGUGCAGACGAGAGACAAAACGAUCACGUUGGGAAUCAAGCACAAGAAAUGACUAAUUUUUAAAGGAUCGUCAUGGAGCAAGAGAUCCGUAUCCUGCUUUCAGACUGCAAUGUGAUACGUUUUCCUCCUGCUCUGUCAGUGACAUGUUCUCUCUUUGUCUCUGUGACGUGACUGUUUCAUGGAUUUGAACCCUGCCACGUUGAUGAAGCUGACAGCCCGCAGAUGACAUUCAUUCCUCCCACAGAGUUCUAGGUCUAGAAACAUCCAACAGCUUCUUACCGGUCCUCCUCGCAACAGUAAUAAGAUAGCGGUACAAUCAAAUGCCUUCUUAACCCAGCAGUAAUAUUCAGAGCAUUAAAUGUGUUCCUGGACACUCUGAAUGUCUCCCCUCUGCCGAGCCGUCAGGCCAGAUGUUGGACUGGAAAACGCGAAACAAAUGGUUGUAAUGUAGUUGAAUUAUUUAUAAUGUACAUAGCAAUUAAAUGGAUUGUGGCUUUUGUUUUCUCACCUUUAAUAAACAAUUCCUAGUCAAAUGAUUUGAUAAUUGCAAG